GCCGCUCCGGCUCGGGGCUCGCCGGGCGGGAGAGUUUCGCUCCCGGGUGGGAGAUGCCGCGCGGGCUCCGUGUCCUCGCAGAUUUUCAACCAACAUAAUGCUGAAGCUCCCAACUUGGAACCAGCAUUUUGCAGAAUGGCACAAAUGGAACCUAAUCUGGACCAUGAUGUAUCAUGGUUCCUCCUUCCAUCAUACUGGGCUAAAAUGGUUGUGGCAUUAAUUUCCUUCCUCUGUUUUGCUAACAGCUAUGAUGGAGAUUUUGUCUUUGAUGAUUCUGAAGCCAUCAUCAAUAAUAAGGACCUCAGGGCAGAAACCCCACUUGGUGACCUGUGGUAUCAUGACUUUUGGGGUAGCAAACUCAGCAGCAAUACCAGUCAUAAGUCAUAUCGACCGCUAACUGUCCUAACUUUCAGAAUUAAUUACCUUUUUGCUGGAGGCUUCUACCCAGUUGGUUUCCAUGUCAUCAACAUAAUACUGCAUUGUACUAUCUCAGUGUUGAUGGUUGAUGUGUUCUCCAUAUUAUUGGGUGGAUUGCAAUUCAGCAAUAAAGGAAGACGGCUAAACCUGGCUCCAAAGUCCUCUCUUCUUGCUGCUUUGCUCUUUGCUGUACAUCCAGUGCACACCGAGUGUGUUGCUGGGAUUGUUGGCAGAGCAGACCUACUGUGUGCCCUGUUCUUCUUGUUGUCAUUCCUUGGCUACUGUAAAGCAUUUAAAGAAAAUAAGGAAGGACAUACGUUUUCUGUAUUCUGGGUGCUGGUGAGUGUUGUCCUAGGUGCAAUAGCCAUGCUGUGCAAAGAACAAGGAAUUACAAUACUGGGUUUGAACGCAGUGUUUGAUGCACUGGUGAUUAACAAGAUAAAUCUUUUGGAGCUCAUUCGAAAGUUACUGUAUAAGGACAAGUCAUUGGAGAAUGCUGGGCUGUUAAGGAAGGGGCUGCUUUUCAGGAUAACUCUUUUGAUGUGUGGAGGGGCCGGAAUACUGUAUAUCCGCUGGAGGAUUAUGGGCACAGGACCACCAGCUUUCACUGAAGUAGACAACCCAGCUUCAUUCGCUGACAGUCUGUUUGUAAGAGCUAUAAACUAUAAUUACUACUAUUCACUGAAUGCAUGGUUGCUGUUGUGUCCCUGGUGGUUGUGUUUUGAUUGGUCAAUGGGCUGCAUACCCCUCAUUAAAUCCGUCAGCGACUGGAGGAUAAUUGCACUAGCAGCACUUUGGUUCUGCCUAAUUGGUCUGAUAUGCCAAGCUCUGUGCUCAGAAGACAGCCAUAAGAGAAGAAUCCUUACACUGGGACUUGGAUUUCUUAUUAUCCCUUUUCUUCCUGCAAGUAAUCUCUUCUUCCGAGUAGGAUUUGUUGUUGCAGAGAGAGUCAUCUACCUCCCCAGUAUUGGAUAUUGUAUUCUCUUUACAUAUGGAUUUAGUCUCUUGAGUAAGCAAGCCAAGAAAAAGAAAAUUCUUGCUGUGGCAGUACUUGGAAUCUUGUUGAUAAAUGUAAUGCGCUGUGCGCUCCGCAGCAGUCAGUGGAGGUCAGAAGAGCAGCUCUUUAGGAGUGCAUUGUCUGUGUGCCCUCUGAAUGCAAAAGUGCACUACAAUGUUGGCAAAAACCUGGCUGACAAAGGAAAUCAAAGUGCUGCAAUCAAAUACUACAGAGAAGCUGUAAGGUUGAAUCCAAAAUAUGUGCAUGCCAUGAACAACCUUGGAAAUAUUCUGAAAGAAAGAAAUGAGCUCCAUGAAGCAGAGGAGUUGCUGUCCUUAGCUGUACAAAUACAACCUGAUUUUGCUGCUGCAUGGAUGAAUCUAGGAAUAGUGCAGAACAGUUUAAGAAGGUUUGAAGAGGCAGAGCAAAGCUACUGGACAGCAAUUAAACACAGAAAAAAAUAUCCAGAUUGUUACUACAAUUUAGGGCGGUUGUAUGCAGAUUUGAAUCGCCACAUAGAUGCAUUGAAUGCAUGGAGGAAUGCUACAGUCCUGAAACCAGAGCACAGUUUGGCCUGGAACAAUAUGAUAAUAUUGCUUGAUAACACAGGCAAUCUAGCUCAAGCAGAAGCAGUUGGAAGAGAAGCCCUGGAAUUAAUACCUAAUGAUCAUUCCCUUAUGUUUUCCUUGGCUAAUGUACUGGGGAAAUCACAAAAAUAUAAGGAAUCUGAAGCUUUGUUCCUCAAGGCAAUUAAAGCCAAUCCAAAUGCUGCCAGCUAUCACGGUAAUUUGGCUGUGCUUUAUCAUCGCUGGGGAAACCUUGACUUGGCAAAGAAGCACUAUGAAGUCUCUCUGAAGCUUGAUCCCAUGGCACCGGGAACUAAGGAAAACUACAACCUCUUAAGAAGAAAACUGGAGCAGUUGCAAAAGAAAGGCGGUGCCUGAUGUUCCUUUUCAGGUUGCCCGUGCAUGUUGUUUACAACUGCUGUUACAUGGGUACUUUUGACCAUGUACAGGCUUCAGUCAUCAUUUCUCAAAAACAACGCCACCAGCACUGCACACUUGAAUGUCCAGUUUUGCCCUCCUACAGAUCCUAACAUUUCAGCUUGAGGGAUCGUUUUAUUUUUACUUGAACUGCUUUUAAAUUCCAUUAGAACAUUUUUAUAGGUAUAUGAAAGCAAUGCAGAUGGAAUUUCACAGCAUACAUGUGUAAUUUGAUAUCUUCAUCUGACUUUUUAGUAGCGGGAUGAAUAGCAGGAGGCAGUUUUAUUUCUGAAAGUGAUACUUAAAAGUGCAAUUUCCUGUUUAAAUCCUGAUCUUUUCAAGUAUGAAGAAUAUCUGUCCACUUCGGUUUUAUUACUGCCUUCCAGUGCCAGUCCUGCAGAGCCAGUGGAAGAAUGAAUUCUCUCCAGCACAUCAGUCUACUCAUACAAUUUGGGUUAAGCCCUUAUGCUCAUUUCUCUCUCCAGCCUGUGAAGUGUCAGAUUUGUACAGGAGUAAAUAAGGGCAAGGAUUUGACCAUAAAUGUCUGUCAGCCAGUGUACUGCUCAGGUAUGCUUGAGUGUAGAAAAUACUGUUAGAUUAAGAUAGAGAUUUUAGCAAGCAGCUAAUGAAAAGAAGGUGAAGCAACAGAGUCAGGUAGAGUUUCUGGUCUCGCAGGCAGCCUCAUCAACCACAGACAACAUGGACAACAAGUCAGAAUUGCUUUAGCUCCUGUGGCAGGUCAGUGGUUAAGUACAGUAUAGUGUCUGUAGGAGCUAAUUGCUGUAUUCUCAGGCAAUUCAGUGCUUUCUGGUUAAGGACAUUACACCUUUGAGCUGCUAUAUUGCUGGGGAAUAAAGAGAGAACUUCUGUGGAACAGUAACUGUGCAGAAGACCUGACCUUGGCUGUUGAUCUGUUACCUAAAAGAACUUGGCUUCACCUUUGUCUCCCAUUGCUCAUGUGUUUGCUGAAGAGGCAGAUAAAUAAGCAUAGCUGUUAAUGCAUAAACUGAGCACAUCAAUGUGGGAUGAUUCAGAGGUGGUUUAUGUUGAUACCAUGUUACCUCUCAAAAGGGGCUAUGCUUUAAUACACAUUUGAACUCUGGCUGUCCAGAGUUGUUUGUCAUGUACUAUAUAUUUACAUUCCUGCUUCAGGAAGUAGUCACAUGUCUGUUUAUUUGCUGGUGGUUGGUUUUUCCAGUUUCUUUGGGGUUUUUUGAGAUGUUUAGUUUUGUUUGUUUAAGACUGGAAGUUUGCUAUUGGAUAUGAAAGCUAGGGAACUUCACCUGUCUUUUCAUACUCCUUUAUUCUUGCCAUCCAUGUCCCCUGGGAGAAAUUGAUCAGCACAGUAUGAUCAAAGCUAGCUCGGGUACUACAAGUCAUGCAGACACUUCAGUGCAUUAUUUUUGCCACACUAACUGCAGAACUAGCCAGCAAGGCUGCAGCAGUGUGGUGCUGUCCACAAAUUUGGCUUUGGACAAAUGAACAUGGCUACAUACUGGUUUUAGUUGUGGUGCCAGAGGCAUGUAUGUGUGCUCCUCUCCUACAGGUAUAGCCUGUUUCUCAGUGGGACUAAUUAAUUUGCAUAGGAUACAAAGCCGUGGCAGUUGUUUCCAUUUCUUCUGCUUUCUGGACAAAAUUUUCAGAAGUUUGUUUCUGAAUAUGAUCCAAGCAUGCUCUUUGAUAAGUAUCUGGUAAGCGGAGCACUGCACCAGUAUGGCUAAUCAUCUUCCAAUGACCAGCCUAGCUUAGUACCAACUUUUGUAUCUGAAAGGUGCUGAAAUAGAUACACCCUUCAGUACAAGCAGCAGGUUCUUAAGGCUUUCCAUACAUAGCCUACUAUUCAUCACAUAGAGAGAACACAUAGCUUCUUCAGUCAUGAGGAAUUAAAGAGUAGGGAUCUUGCUGGAUGAGCUAAUUUAUAGCAGAAGAUAAAUAUGUUUACUAUAAUCAGGUCUUUUCUGUAUAUUUGGAAUAUGACAUCCUGAGUUUAAAUUAUUAUUCUCAUCAUAAAGUCCACAUGUGUAGUUUUCCCUGUUGCUCUCCAUAUCAGCUUUAAAGACAUCCACUAGAUCAAUAUUAUGUAUGAGGGACAAAUUUUUUCUAGGUCAUUAUAAACCAAAGUUGUAGAAAUUCCUCUGUGGAAGUCCUUCUAUUCAAGAGUCUUAAGACAGAAGAGACUGACAAACAAUUUGGAUGUUUUGUUAGUGUUUGAAAAUAGUGUUUACUUUUCAGUACAGACAACAUAAUUUUUCUGGCUACCUGUAUAUGUUUUUGUGAGGGUUUAUUUGUUUUAUAUAAUAUUUACUGCUAUAGAAAUUCAAUGUGAUUAUUUGUAUGAUGGUAAUAUGAAGCAUACCCAUAUGUCUGAGUUUAAUGUUGAGGCAGAAUUGUGUAUGGAAGAAGCCACAAAGAUGACUGCUUUUGUAAUAAAAACUUCCUUAAGACUUUUAAGAAUACUAAAUAUUUUUUACGUUAUUUUCAGAAAUAUUUUGAAAGUGCAAACAGUGCAGUGGUUUUUAUUAAAAUGGUUAUAACAUUAACCUUUUUAUUGUUUUUCAUACCUCAUAACUGACUCCUGGAACAGUGCAGAACACUUCAAAGAGAAAAAGAUUAAGAAAAAGUGGGUUUGUACAUAGCUGUAGUUACAAAUAUUGCCUAUCUUUCCAGCAUGCUGGAUUUUUUUUUCCCAUUGCUAAUUCUAGAAGAUUAAAGUUUCCUUAUC